CUAGGUUACAACUCACAAUAUGUAUAAACCCGGUUUAAUACUGCACAGGUUAAGGUUGCAGGGAAUGGGGCGGGGCAGGAAUUGUGCAAAAAGGGUGGAGAGAGGAAGGCAGAAGUUGUUCAAUUGAACAGAAGUCGAUGGCGCCGUUUGAAGCUGCAACACAAGUUUCUAGAAGCACUGCAAACAUAAAUGGACUUUCUUCGAUAACUGCCAAUCGACUGGGAAAAUGUAUAGCGGGGGACAAUCGUUUGUGCACAUUGCAGAAGGAUUUCUCACCAUUUCAAGCACCUUAUAAUGCUGUGCGCUGGUCAAAGAACAAGGUUUGCAUUGAUUCGGUGGCGUCAGAAGAACAAGCAUUGAGUCGGAGAAGGAGAACUAGUGUUGAAGCCCAGACGCGGCCCCACUCCUUCACCGCAUGCCCUGGCCAAGCAGCCCGGCCGUGUGAGCGGAACACAACAACAGAAGCUAUCCCCACCGCUGUCUCGGCGGUGGUGGUCUUUGGCGUUGUGGUGACUGCUGGCAUUGUCUUGUCCAACCUGCCCAAAGAAAAAGUUGCUGAAACGUUGGGCGCAGACAAGCCCCGGUGCGAUGCCUGCGGAGGAAGUGGAAUUUGCCCUGUAUGCCAGGGAGAGGGCUUUGUCAACAAGGAGUUGUCGCCUCAAGAGAGGGAAAAGGCUCGGGCAAGGUCAACAAUGGCCGCCACUCGAUAUACUGCCGGGUUGGCAAGGAAAUGGAGGUACUGCGUUGCAUGUAACGGGAGCAGAGGCUGUACAACAUGUGAAGGGAAGGGAUACUUGGACUAAGCCGAGAGUAAAUAGGCCAGCCUAACGCUUGUUGCACAUGGAACGACUUUUGUGUUGUCUUUCGCCAGGAAGUGUCCAUCGUUACGUAGGUCCAUGUGGCUCAAGUGGUAUCUUGGUGGGCCGUUUGGAGCUUCACAUUACGCUUAGCAUGUCCUUCAAAUCAUGCUGAGUUUGAUCGUUC